AUUUUAUUGUUCAAAUUGAAAUACAUUUCGUGUUAAUUUAAAAUAUUAAUUUUGUACGGACGCUCUUAUGGAUUGAUUAUAUAUGUAGUUAUUUUCCUGCAAGUUUUCUAUGCAUUAGAAAAGAAUAAGUUUAAUUUAAGAGUAUAUAUAUAGUAAAUUUUAUAAUGCCAAUUUGUAAGCGUGACUUUGGAAAUAAUCCUCCCAAAAGCAAUGACACUUUUCAUGACAACGAAGAAGUUUUUUUCUGCGAGGUAACAAAAGAGAUCUUCCGGGAAUAUGAAGAUUACUUCAGACAUGUAAUGAUGAUCAACUCGACAGUUUGGCAAUGUGAGGCCACUGGUCGAGAAAACCUAACAUAUGCAGAAGCUCUGAAAAGUGAGCGCAAAUAUAGAAGAAAAAUGGAACAAUUUAAAGAUAGUUUGCGCCCUGUUGUAAUGCUAGUAAUUGAGGAGGCAAAACAAUCCUCUAUUGGAUCACUUCAUUCGAUAUUGUCGAAGUUUUUAAGAAGAAGAUUCUUUUUAAAUGAAGAAAUUUCAAUCUAUAAUAAAUCAAGUGAUGCAUAUAAAGUUAUAGAAAUUAUCCCGCCAAAGGGGACACCACCUGAAAAUGGUGUGUAUGAUGAUACUGAAGAAAUUCAAUAUAGGGUAAAACGGAUAAAGCAACCUCACACAGAAACUGUAGUUCCAUUUAAAAGCGUACGUCGUCAACAGUUUGAACUAACAUCAGAAAAUUUACAUAUGUUUAUUCGAAAUAAUGUUAGUCGAAUAGAAGGAAUAUUACGACCUAAUCCAGAGUCUUAUAAAACUUAUAUUAUAGAUCGAAAAAUUAUAUUUUCUUCAAUAUUCAUUGGUAAAAUGCCAUACUUUACACCGGCUAAGAUAAAAAAACCUAAUGAAGAAAACAACAAAAAGCAAGCAUCGAUAAGUAAUUAUUUAAUCAAAGAUGAGAAGAAUAAAAAGUCAAUUCUCGAUGAACAAGCAAGGAUUGAAAGGGAAAGAAUGGAAAUAAUUGAGGCAAAAGCGAAGCUUUUAAAGGAAGAGAAAGAACGUGAGAGACUAGAAAAACGUGCUAAACUUAUGGAAAAAAUAGAAGAGGAAUGUACGGAACUUUUAGUAAAGACAGACGAUUUAGAAAGGAAAGAUCAGCGUUUGUUACCAAAAUUCACACCCAUUACAACCAUUAUUCCGAAUAAACUUUUGGGUGAUGCUUUUAUGUUACGAGAAUUUAUGCAUACAUUUUCUGGUAUCCUUUCUGGCGCUGAGGUAUUUCGCGGCAACUUAAAUUUUAUGGAAAUGUCUCGUGCAUUCACGGCACGUGAAGUGGCAGGACCACUGUCAGAUAUAUUGCUGGUACUAAUAGGGACUAUUUUUGAUUUGCAAAAGGAAGAAGAAGAAGAUUGUGCUGUGGAAUAUAUUAUACAACAUCAAAAAACCUUGAAUAAUCAGGAACCGUUAGUGAGCAUGUCGGAGGCAAGUAGAACACAUAUCUACUCAAAGAGACAUUUUUCAUUUAAGAUUAAUGAAUUGCCUCUUGACUCUCUUACGGUAUCUGAAGUACUUCGUCUACAUAUCUUGUCGUCUGGAGCAUUUGUUAAAGAAAGAGCUGAGAAAUGGCGUAUAGCAUAUCGCAAUGGUUAUAGCAACUCUGAAGAUCCAGGAUUAAUACUUCGGUUACGGUUUCCACAUAUUUUAAGAGCUCUAAAUAUGUACACCGUUUAUCAUUUACCUUUUGCAGAUAUAAUGCGAGUUAUAAACUGCCUUAUGUCUCAAAUAUUAACUUAUUCGAGCACUAUAAAUUUAAUUGAAGAGCGCAUGGAACAAAUGGCAAAAGCUCGAUCAGAAUUACGUAUGCUCUCAAUUAAAGAAAAUAAACGACAAACUAAAGUUCAGUUAGAUAAACGCGAACUGAUAGUUAAACACAAUCAGCAGUUUUUGGAGCAAAAUGAUAAAAAUGAGAACCAGAGAAAAGAACUAGAAGAAAAACUGAAUAAGAAAAUAGCAGAAUUGUUAGCGCAGUCGGAAAGAGAGCAUAGAAAACAUGAACAAGAAGUGGAAGAGUUAAACACAGCAUUACUAUCACUUAACUUUAAUGAAGUAAUGGACCGAAAAAUUGCAGAAUAA